AUGUCUCAAGUCCCUAACACUCGACCACCCACACAACUUCUCCCUCUACAAGAUGCUAUUGAAAUUCAAUUUACAUACUGCAAGCAAAACCCAUCUUCACCAUCACAUUUACGAAUGGGAUGCAUUCAACUCAACGAAUUUGGUUUUGUAACUGAUGUGGUCUUUGAUGGUCAUCACAUUCCCAAUAACAAAGUACCUCCACAAAGUAGACUCUUUCAACUUUCCAAUUUUCAUAAAACUCUACAUUUGAAAUCAUCGAAUCAAACAGAAAAUGAUGGAGAGUUUUCACAAUCAUUUAUCAUGAAACCAAAUUUGUCUCCACUUUUCACACAUCCUAAAGAACCACUCGAUACUGGUUUUAAACACUUUUUAAAGGACUUUCAAAAACAAUCAUUGAAAGGAAUGAAUUUUGUUGAAGCUUUGUAUCCUUCAAAAUUUGAAAUUGCUCAAGAAUUAGGUCUUAUCAAUGCAGAGAAUGAUGAUGAUAGUAGAAGUGAGAAUUUAAAAGCAUUGGCAGAUCCUUUGAGAGCCUAUCGAGGAAGAACGAAAUGUGUGGUCUUUUAUUUGGAAGGUGAUUUUGCAAGUGUGUUAACUCCACAAUCUAAUCUAGUUGUGGAAUGGGGAAAACAUUUGGUGGGAGAGUUACCACAUCUCUCGAAAACUGAAUUUAAAUCAGAGAAUAAGCUUGUCUUUCCUUAUCAGUCAUUGACCAAACAGAAUAAGAAUUGUGUGUUUUUGAGUCUUGUGUUAUGGAUGGAUCCUGAAGUGAUGAAUCAAAAUAAUGUUUGUGCCAUGGAUACCAUUGGUGUGAAUUUAGGUCCAAAUUCACCCUCGAUUAUGGAUGCUUACAAAUAUGGACUCAUUCAUCAAAGUUUGGGAGAAUUAUACUCAUCGGAUGAAACAGCUGCAGUUCUUCGUCAACCAUACAAGUACUUUGAGUUAAAAAAGAACAAUUCAGUUGUGCUCUCCUCAUUGAAAAUUCAAAGUGUUCGUUGUUAUACCUUUGAAAUUAAUCACAUUCUGGUCGGAAAGAAAUUUAGUAUCAAUUCCAAAGCAAUUUUAUUGGAUCGAGGUAAUUAUGCAAUCAAACACAUUGGAGAACCAGUUUUUGUACCAGGAAAAGAAAAACCAGUAAUAUCAGGAAGAACGGAUACGAAAUCAGAUGCCACCUUCUCUAUUGAUUUGAAUCACAUACCGUCGCAAGUGGACAAAAUUUUAUUCAUUUCUGUAUUUCAGGGCAAUGCUGAAACUAAUUUUAUCCGAGUGAAAGACAGUGUCAUGAAAGUAUUCAAUGAAAAGAAGGAACUUGUGACAUCGAUUGUUGCCUCUCCAGGAAAUGAAAGCACUUUAAUUUGGGGUUUCCUUAAGAGAUUACCAGACAAUGGUAAUUCCUCUGAAUCUCGAUGGGAGCUCUAUAACAUGGAUCAAUACACGGAUCAACAUGGACCAUUGGGUGCUUAUCGAUAUGCUGUGAGACAUUUACCAAUUGUAUCUCCACUUUCUGACACUGUGAAUACUUGUCCAAUGCUCUCAAAUUCAUCUUCAACCAUGACCACAACAGUUGAAUUUUCACUUCAAAAACCUCUUCUUUGUAAACUCAGAUUAGGAAAAAGACUAGCUCCAUAUCUAUUCAUGGACGAUGAAGACGAUGACGAUGAAGAUGGAUUCUCAAGAAAAUUAUCUAAAAAACCUUAUUACAAUUUGGAUGUGUGUUUCUUUGAUAAUUAUGGUUAUCACAUUCACCAUGAAUCAGCAAAACCAGUGAAAAGCAAAUACAUGCCACUCUUCCAAUUAGGAAUGAAAGAACAUAUGGCCAAUUUACCAAAUUUGAAAACAGCAUUCAUCAAACUAGCACUACGAAUUCCAUGUGUCACUUACAAGGCAGAACCAUAUCCAUACUAUGACACUGAUUUUACUGAUGAAGUGAAAGAGAGAAGUCUUUCGGAUGAAUUUGUCAAGUGCAUUCAAGAUGAAUCUAUGAGAAUGAUUAUUUGUGACGAAGAAAAGAAUGAAGAGUUAUUUGGUGUCUCCAUUCAAGAUUUGGAUGCAAAAGAACAAGAAGAAAAACUCAAAAAAAUCAAAUUGAAAGAAAAGCAUGUCAUCAAACCAGAAUUCGAAGCUGAAGUACUUUUAUUGAAAUUAGAAAAAGUAGAUCAACAGAGUGAUUUAUGGAAAGUGUGUCCCAUUCGUAAAGAACUUGCCAAAGAUUCAAAUUGGGUUGAGAAAAUACGACAAGAAAUGCUUUCAGAAUUUGUCAAAGCAAGACCACCAUUCAAGUUAAUGCAUCCAAAUGAAUGUGUCACUCACCCAUUUGUAUCUGAUUUAUAUAAGGAGAUUUUCACAUCAGUCAUUAGUUUGGAAUGUUCAGACAUUUCUUACAAACCAAAACUUCAUAUUUUAACACCAACCAAUGUGACCGAAGUGAAUGAACAAAACAGUAGAUAUGGAAAUCCAAUGAGUGUUGAAAUUAUUAUGAACAGUAAGAGAUUUUCACUUCCAGGAGAAAAUUCAAGAUUUGAAAUUGCUUACAAGGAUUAUGAACUUCAAAAUCAAAUGCUUGGAAUCAUUCUAUGUUUGGAAUUAUCCAAAGAUAUUCCUUCGAACCAUACUCAGAGUACUCUUGUGUUGAAAUUCUUUGAUCAAACAGUGGGAGGAGAGAAAUUCAGACUUGUCGUGGAUCCUCUCAAAUGUGGAUGGAAAAAACAAGGUGAAUUAUUAACCGUGUUGGCAACCAUGAAAGAUGUUGCUACACACAUGAUUAGUAUCAAAUGUGUCAUGAAGAUUAAUUUGACAGAUUAUGCUGUCUUGCUGCCAUCUCCUCCAAAACAUUUAAAUAUUACCAUUGAUCGAGCUGAAGAUUUGGCAGUGUAUAAUGAUAAAAAUUCAGAUCCAUACAUUGUUGCCAAAUUUGAUGAUGGUAAAAAGAAAGUGAGUAAGAAGAAGACUGCAUUAUUUGUGACACAUACCAUCAAGAAGACUUUGAAUCCUGUUUGGAAUGAGACUUUUCAAAUUCGAUUGAUUGGAGAUAUUAAAGCAGAUAAUCGAGUACUUGCCUUCCACAUGUAUGACAAGGAAACUCUGCACAAAGAUAACUAUAUGGGAAUGGUGUUACUGAAUGUGAAAGAUGUUCAAGAAGGAUGCUUUGCCUAUCCUCUCAAGCCCAAUCCACUCAAGCACACCAAAGCCAAAGAGGCUGAGAAAGUGAAAGGAAAAGUGUUUUUGAAAUUUGAAUUUGUUUAUGAUUAA